ACUUCAGUUCCUUUGAAUCAGAAUAAAAAGUGCAGCAAACUUCAGACUCAUUGACUGCAGGCUUAACAAGCGUCGGGGCUUUUCCUCUUUCUGCAGCUUGCAAGGAUCUUUGGAUUUUGCAAAGCAGUUCCAAGAAAACAAUGGCCAAAUUCUCCUUAUGGGCAACUGUUGGAUUAUGUUUGCUGAAGUUCUGUCUAACAGAAAUAGAAUUCAAUGUAAGCUGCAGAUAUGGAGGAGUUUUUCAUGUUGAAAAAGAUGGUCGCUACAGUCUCACACGAUCUGAAGCAGUGGAGCUCUGCAGAGCUCUCAACAGUACCUUGGCAACACUAGAGCAGCUGAAGAGAGCUCAUGAGCUUGGAUUUGAAACUUGCAGGUAUGGUUUCGUGGUGGGGCAUAUUGUUAUCCCACGGAUCAAUCCCUAUCCUCUUUGUGCAGCAAAUAACACUGGCAUUUACAAACUCUCAGCAAAUACAACUGCUCGGUAUGAUGCAUACUGUUACAAUGAGACAGAAACAGAGGAAAAAACUUGUGAACCAGUUGUAAGAAUAGAUACUUCUUUACUCAGUAAUCAGGAUGAAAUAGUCAUUGACAACGCCGAUGGCUCCAGUUACAAUGUGGACGGCACACGCCACACCAGUGGAGAGUCCUCAACCUCAGGGGUGGACGAUGAAAACGUAGGGAGUGGAUCAACUCAUGAGACAACCCCCAUGGAUGCCUCCAUCAGGAGAUCCAGCCCCUCCUAUUAUGGAAGUCCUACUUCAGCCUCACAGCUGCCAGAUCAUACUUCUGGAGGAGGUGAAAAAGAAAUUUCUGGAAAAAAUUAUGACAAUGAAUUUUCAUCUGUAUCACCUGACAUGUCUUUGGGGACAGUGGCUGGUGAUUUCCAUGAAGAGGAUGGUGGACAGUAUCCUGCAACUACCACUGUGGUCCCCAGCCACGGGGCCCAACAGAACGACUCAGCAAAGGACCCGCUGGUGUACCCAGGCUGGGAUGAGGGAGAGGAUUAUGCCACACAGCCUGCUGUGACUGAUAGAGUUAUUCCUUCCAGAGAGAACAAUCAUGAAAGAGAGUCUUCCACCACAGCUGUUGUCUCUCCUGAUGAUGCCCACCACAAAGAGCCAACUCAACCACUUCUGCCUUGGGAUAAUGAAUCAGAAAUGGGCACUGAAGACAUCACAAAUCCCACGGAUGCCCCUGAGGAUGAAGUCCUCCACUGGACCACGGCCACUGUGACCAAAGCUGUCACAGCCACCACUGACAUUCUGGCACCAGAAGAUACAACCCAGGAACCAUGGGCACCUCACCUUGUGGUAACAGCUGCUUCCUCUCCUGACGGUGCCCACCAUGAAGAGCCAACUCACACACCUCUGCCUUGGGAUGAUGAACCAGGACAGGGCACUGGAGGCAUCAUGAAUCCCACAGAUAUGACCAGAGAUGAAGUCUUCCACAGGACCACAACCAGUGUGACCAAAACUGUUGUCGAGACCGUGGACGAUGCUGACCAAGAGAAAGCAACCAAGGAGCCACUGGCACCUGGCACUGCACCUGGAAGGGAAGGUGAACCAGCAAACACCACAGAUGGUUCCCACAUCCAUGGGAUACCUGGAGUUUUUUCAGACAUUGACGACCGUUUUAUUCCCUUGCAGACUCCUCUUACUACCAGCUCUACCUCUAGUGUAGAUGGUGACCAAGGACCACACAAGGGACAUUAUGAAUCCACUGCUUCCCCUGGAGAGGCGACCACAACAACAAUAACUUCACAUCCAAGAUCGGCCCCUGUACCAGACUGGCUGAUCAUCGUGGUGGCUCUCGUGGUGCUUGCGCUGAUCCUCGCAGUGUGCAUUGCUGUUAACAGCCGCAGAAGAUGUGGGCAGAAGAAAAAGCUAGUGAUUAACAAUGGCAAAGGGGCAGUGGAGGACAGGAAGACAAGUGAAUUAAAUGGAGAUAUCAGCAAAUCACAAGAAAUGGUGCACUUGGUUCAUAAAGAAAAGUCAAAUGACCGAACACAAGCAUGUGAUGAAUUCCUGACUGUUAAUGAAACACAAAAUCAUCACGAGUUUGACAUGAAGACUGGAGUGUAAUGGUACCACACUGCCAAAGCAGAUCAGGGCUGGGGAAACCAAAAUCAUGUGGAACUUGAACAGGAAUUCACAGAUGCACUGUGCUACUGAUGUCUUUUGAACAUAAGCAUAAGUUCUGUUUCUUUUUAAUCCCUUUGCAAUGAUGUCUGAGUUUAACAAUUGAUGUGUGCUUUCUGAAAUACACCCCCAGAGCUGCAUAAUGCUUUCAGUUCCCAGUCUCUUCACAGAGGACUCUCACUGUGUCCUGGAUGUUAGGAGGCAUACAAGUUUACAUCAUUAUUCCCCAGAUGGAAGAUCUUCACUGUGUGGAGCUAAGGAAGUAUCCAGUCACUCCAUUUUACAGAUAUUUAAAGUAUUAAACAUGCCAUGGUACAGAAGCAAGUGAAGAAAAAUGUCAAGAGUAAAAAAAAUCAAGUUUAAACCCAAAAGGCAUCUUCUACAAUGUCUACAACAUCAGAAUCCUUCAGAAAUGCCUUCCAGCCAGGAAUAGCAGUGGAUACGUUCAGAAUCUUCCAGUAUAAACAAAAAGUGACAUUUUAUAAUUAUGUGUGGCUUGGUCUGCAAGGAGGGAAACCCUGAAGGACAAAAUUUAUUUAUCUCUAUUUUUAAAUAUCUAUGGACAUACAGCAAGUCUUCUCAGGAGGGGUAAUAAAGGCAUGAAAACAUGAGCUGAAACAUAAUAAACUUCUAUUCUUUAUUAUCCUAGCAACCUGUACAAUUAUCCUUCCAGUUUUUGAGAUGUUCAUUGCUCUUCUCCCCCCUUUAUUCAUUGGUCUAAGUUUGUGCAUGUUUUUAAUGAGCCUGUUAGUUAAGAUAAUGAAUAAAAUAAAAUGACCCCAG